UAAUCAGAAACUCAAAAUCUCACACCGAUAAAAGAACAUUUGUUGAAUUGUUCUCUUCUCUCUCUCUCUUUAAUCUCAAGAACAAGAAGAAGGUUGCAACGAACGAGAAUAAGCCAUGGCCGGCUUCACCAACCUUGUCCUGCUCCUCCUCCUCGUCGCCGUGGCGUCCCUCGCCUUGGCGGAAGAUCCUCCGUCGCCGAGCACCCUUCAGGAGACCUGCGCGCACACGCUCUUCCCCAAGUUGUGCGUGGAUCACCUCUCCUUGAUGCCCGAGAGCCACAGCGCCGACGCCCACCACAUCGCCGAGCUCGCGAUCCGCGCCGCCGCCUCGACGGCCUCCAGCACCUCGACCUACAUCGACAAUACCCUGGAGGCCGCCGUCAACGACUCGACGUGGCAGCAGUGCCUCAACGACUGCGCGGAGAGCUACAUCGACGCGGUGGAGCAGCUGGACGACUCGACGGGCGCCAUGGAGUCGAACAAGUACCCGGACGUAAAGCGCUUCGUGGCCGCGGCCGUGGCCGACGUGGAGACCUGCGAGGAAGGCUGCAAGCACGCGCUGUUCCCGGAAAAAACCAAGGUGGCGGAGAUGAACGAAGUGGUCAAGAAUCUGUGUGCCGUCGUUCAGGCCCUCGUCGACCGCUUGCACAAUUGA